AUGAGCACACCACUCCGUUAUCAGGUCAUUCGGGUCUACAAGGAACUCCUCUACUUAGGCCGCGAAUAUCCACUAGGAUACGACUACUUUCGCCCUCGACUGCACAAAGCAUUUGCCAGCAAAGCCAAUCUCACAAACGAAGCCGAUAUCAAAAAAGGAAUCGAAAGUGCAGAAUAUGUGAAGAAGGAGAUUGAAGCCUUAUACUACCUCAAACGCUACCGAGCCCUCAAACAACGCUAUUCGGCACCGCAGUGA